CAGUGGAGACGCGGCACUGGGAUCGUCGGCACUUGCGCAGUUGCAGCUGGCGCGCGCGCGCGCGCUCUCACUCGCUCUCUCGCGCUAGUUCACCAGGACUGGGAAGCCGCCGGCUUUGCCUGCGCCCAUUCGUGCUCGAGACUUUGACUAGAGUAGCAGCACCACCACCAUCACCCGGCAACAUGAGGGAAAUCGUACACCUGCAGGCUGGUCAGUGCGGUAACCAGAUCGGAGCCAAGUUCUGGGAAGUAAUCUCCGAGGAGCACGGCAUUGACCAGACGGGCAUUUACCAUGGUGACAGCGACCUGCAGCUCGAGAGAAUUUCCGUUUACUACAACGAGGCAUCCGUGGCGACUUCAACGAAUGGAGGAAAGUACGUUCCCCGAGCGAUUCUGUUGGAUCUCGAGCCAGGAACGAUGGACGCAGUGCGUUCCGGCGCCUACGGCCGACUUUUCCGACCGGACAAUUUCGUGUUCGGUCAAUCGGGCGCUGGAAAUAACUGGGCCAAAGGUCAUUAUACCGAGGGCGCCGAACUCGUCGACUCCGUUCUCGACGUCGUGCGCAAGGAAUGCGAGAACUGCGACUGUCUGCAGGGCUUUCAAUUGACCCAUUCACUCGGCGGUGGCACUGGAUCUGGCAUGGGAACUCUGCUUAUUUCGAAAAUACGCGAAGAGUACCCUGAUAGAAUUAUGAACACUUACUCGGUCAUGCCAUCGCCAAAAGUCUCGGACACUGUGGUGGAACCUUACAACGCUACCCUGUCGGUUCACCAGUUGGUGGAGAACACCGAUGAGACCUACUGUAUUGAUAAUGAAGCGCUUUACGACAUCUGCUUCAGGACACUCAAGGUUUCCAAUCCGUCUUACGGUGACCUCAAUCAUCUGGUCUCUCUCACGAUGUCGGGCGUAACAACCUGCCUACGCUUUCCCGGUCAACUGAACGCCGAUCUUCGCAAGCUCGCUGUCAAUAUGGUGCCGUUCCCGCGCUUGCACUUCUUCAUGCCUGGCUUUGCGCCACUCACGUCGCGCUCGAUGCAACAGUACUCGGCACUUUCGGUACCAGAGCUUACCCAACAGAUGUUCGACGCCAAGAACAUGAUGGCAGCUUGCGAUCCGCGCCAUGGCCGCUACCUAACUGUCGCCGCGGUCUUCCGUGGUCGCAUGUCCAUGAAAGAAGUCGACGAGCAAAUGCUCAGCGUUCAGAACAAAAACAGCUCGUACUUCGUCGAAUGGAUCCCGAACAACGUAAAGACCGCUGUAUGCGAUAUCCCACCUAAAGGACUGAAAAUGUCGUCGACUUUCAUCGGCAAUACGACAGCUAUUCAAGAGCUUUUCAAGCGUAUUUCUGAGCAGUUCAGUGCCAUGUUCAGAAGGAAAGCUUUCUUGCAUUGGUACACGGGUGAAGGCAUGGACGAAAUGGAAUUCACGGAGGCGGAAUCCAAUAUGAACGAUUUGGUUUCUGAAUAUCAACAAUACCAAGAGGCUACUACCGAGGAGGAUUUUGAAACGGAGGAUGCUGGAGACGAUUUCGAAACGUGCGAGCAAGAGUAAACAACUAUACAACUUUAUAGCUUUAAUGUUUAUCAAUUAAGAGUUAAACCUUUUUUUUACCGACUUUAUUAUCGAUUUUUCUACAAAUUUUAUAAUUUAUCGAAAAGUUUUUAAGAUGGAACAUUUAAAACUUGAAACGUUAAUAUGUAAAAGACAAUAACUACUGUAAGCGUAUUGUUUUUAAAGAAUUUCGGUUGGAAGUAUCUAAUUAUUUAAAAACAAGAGUUUUUCACGAAAUUUCGUGCAUUCUUUUUAAAUUUAAGACACGUCAUUUAAAAAUAUUGUAUCGGUACUUACAUAAUCGCUGAUUAUAUAAAAUUAUUUUUAUGCGAAUCUCGGAAUAGAGAUUUACGUGGAUAUACUUUUAAAAAUUACUUCAUACGAUUACCUACACAUUUUGAUUUACGUAUAAUUAAUUGUAGUUUCAAUCAACAUGAAUAUUACAUAUCAUUCAUUCUAAAAGAAAAUAUAACAAAUCGUUAAAUUUCAAUAUGCAAUUAUUGAGUAAUUAUUCAUUUAAUGAUAUCAAAUUGCUAUAAAAAAUUAGUUAAGUGUAAGCACGUUUUAAAGCUGCUUGGUUUUAUGCUAGGAUUAUAAAAAUAUAAAAAAUAAAAAAAAUUUUGCAUUUUAGUAGACCAUUAAGCUUUUAGGAUACGGUACUCGAAUAAUACAUUUUUCUAAUAAAGUUUGAAAAUCAGCGUUUCCCUAUACACAAAAUGAAAUAUUUUUCAAAAAGUAUCACAAGUCCAUUGAUAAUUUAGCCAAUAAUUCAAAUUUUAUAGUAGUACCAAAGUAUAUUGGCCAGAAAAGUUAUUGUGAGAUUAUAAAUUAAUUAAAUCACUCAAUAAAAUAUUUGAUUAUAAAACUUAAUAUUCACGAGUGUAUAGACUGAUGAUCGUGGCUAAUUUGCCUUUGCUUUUUUAUGAAAUUCCAUUUUGUCAUUGCCAAAACAGUAAUUGUUUACUUUUUAACAGUAAUAAGCAUUUACUUCUACAUGUUUUAUUACACAAUAAAGUAUAUUAGUACUCUGAUUUAUUAUUAAAAACACUAUAUGUAAGAAAAAGUUCAAGAAAUUUGAAUGAUAUAAUAAAAUUUAUUAAAAUAGAUAUCUUUAGUAUUUUUUAUGACUUUUUUUUUUAAUGUGUAAAUUGAUCUUUAAAAGAAAUUCUGGGGAGUGUAUUGUUGAAAGUUUUGGGUUUGAUCGCGUAUAUGUUGAUAAAAAGUUGAUCGACUGAAUGAAUUAUGCAAAUUUUUCAAAAAAACAUUGACUGAGACGUUAUUUUUCAAACAAAUUCAAAACAAUGAAUUAAAAUACUCUAAAAAUUGUAAUGCAUACUGCUAUUAUACCACGAUUUGGUAUAUGCUUAAUUGAAUGCUGGUGAACAUAAUGGAU